GGUCCGUUUCCUCUACGCUCCACACAAGGUAGGGCUUGAACGUCACUCCUCUCACCUUGGUGGCCCGUGUUAGACACAACCAUCCAGUUGCAUCUCAGGCUGCAGGAGCACGGUGGAGGAGAAGGUCUAAGGCUGACUACUCCCCCCAUUUGUCUUUUGAGGAGGGGGGGGGAGGCAGAAGAGGCGGGUGAAGGAGGAGCUGCUAAAACCAACUGGAGCAUGGGGCAGAAGGUCCCAGGUGGCAUUAAAACCAUUGACAUGCGGGAUCCGGCAUUCAGCCCCCUGACAGUGGAGCUGCAGGCCCUGAGUCACACCAAGCCAUCUCGACUGGAUCUGCUGCUGGACAUGCCACCUGCCGGCCUGGAUGUCCAGAUCCAGCACUCGUGGAACAAUAACGACCGCUCCCUCAACGUGUUUGUCAAAGACGACAACAAGCUGGUGUUUCACAGGCACCCUGUGGCGCAAAGCACAGAUGCCAUCAGGGCGCGCAUUGGCUAUACAAGAGGACUGCACGUAUGGGAGAUCCACUGGGCAAUGCGACAGCGGGGCACGCAUGCUGUAGUUGGGGUGGCUACAAGUGAUGCCCCACUGCACUCUGUGGGCUACAUGGCUUUGGUAGGCAGCAACGCUGAGUCCUGGGGCUGGGACCUGUGCAGAAGUAAACUCUACCACGAUGGCAAAAAUCUGCCAGGAAAAACCUACCCGGCCUUCCUCGAACCUGAUGACACUUUCAUAAUCCCAGAUUCCCUCUUGGUAGUCUUGGACAUGGAUGAGGGGACUCUUGGUUACAUAGUGGAUGGACAUUAUCUUGGUGUGGCGUUUAGAGGACUUAAAGGCAAAAAGCUGUACCCAGUUGUGAGCGCCGUGUGGGGACACUGUGAAAUACGUAUCCGGUACAUAAAUGGACUUGACCCUGAACCCCUCUCACUGAUGGACCUGUGUCGACGUUCAGUAAGGGUGGCUUUAGGAAGAGACCGUCUGAGUGAAAUCCAUAGACUACCCCUGCCAGCUUCUCUCAAGAACUACCUUCUCUACCAAUGAUGACAACGCUGUCGCAGCAGGCUCAGCCCUCCUUUGUUUCUCUCUUUCUCUGGGAUCGUUGUUGGGUUUAACCCGUUUGGCAGCAUUAUUCAAGUCUCCAUGGCUGAUUCAGCAUGUAUCUUCACCGGCAGUGGGUAGACUCUGAGUUUCUUAUCCUGUUUUUAAGACUCUUUGCAGCUGUAUUCUCUAACUUUGUCAAAUCAGGAAUCACUGAGCACUAUGCACACACACCGAUCAGUUGUUGCCCUGACAGCCACCUCCAGUUUGUAGGUUCAAGUGGUCAGUGCCUCUGCUGUGACCUUCAGACUUGUUCAUUGAUGCAUUCCUGUCUUGUAGCUUUUUGAGUUUAAAUGAUCUACUCCAACAAUUCUGAGGUGAACGCUGAACUUUUUAAUGACACAACGGUGCACUGCUCUUAUCAGACCACAAGGUGGCAGCACACUCAAUGGCAACAGUCUCAAAUUGAGCAUUAUAAUGAAACUGUUUUUAGAAAAGAUUUUAAAUGGAUAUUGCACAGAAAGGAGACGCUGACCACCCAGCAGAGAGCUUUUUAGUAAGAUGUGGAUGAAUGCACGGAAGCGUCUGAAGAGCAGCACCGACCACACACCGCACUAUCAGGUUUCUGUGACAUGGAGGUGUCCCAUCACAUCAUCAGCAUUCUUUUAACCGAAAGAUGUCACUGUGAUUAUUUAUAGCAUGCAUCUGCAGGAAACCUCUCAACAAACACAUUUUUUUUAAUAGUCAUAGUUUUUUUUUUUUGUUUUUUUUUUAAGUGCGGUAGAUUUCAACGACAUGCUGUUGAGGACGAGUUUUUAAAUUCCCGGAGUCUCCAGUAAUCGAGCACUGGUUUGCACAUGUUGAUCUAGAGAAUAGAAAUGAACCAGCGUAAUUAUUGGUUGACUCUCUGCUCCGUUACCUGAGAACCGUUUGUGUUUAUGAAAUUAAUAUGAGAUGGGAGGUUUGGGAAGCAGGCUGUGUUGACAUAGCAAACUUUGGUUUUAAAGCACCAUAACAACAAAGUGCUGCCCAGAUGUUCUGAAAGAAGGCCAGACUGGCAACGUUUUAAAUGUUUAAAAGUGACGCACGUUCAGCACUCAGUUGAAUGUGGAUACAGUGCUACACCUCUUUGUUUUUGCUUGCAACUUCCACUUGAUUUGUAUUCCUUGUUGUAGAUUUGUUUCUAAGUAU